CAGAGACGCGAGUCGCACGCUCAGGCGGAAACGGGCGGACUCGCGUAUAAAACGGAAAUCUCUCAUUGCGUGAAAAUUGUAAACAUGGUUGUGGCUACCAAAAAAACCAAUGUACCUAAGGUACAGGUCAGCAAAAAGCAGCACCUUCGGGGUAAAAGUCAGAAAAAAAAAGUUUCCCUAAAGUUUACAAUUGACUGUACACAUCCAGUCGAAGAUAAUAUUAUGGAUGUAGCCAACUUUGAAAAGUAUUUGCAGGAUCGUAUUAAAGUUCAUGGUAAAACAAAUAACUUUGGAAACAAUGUUACUAUCGAGAGAAACAAAAUGAAAUUGUCCGUGAAUAGCGACAUCGACUUCUCUAAAAGGUAUCUCAAGUAUUUAACAAAAAAAUACUUGAAAAAGAACAAACUGCGCGACUGGCUUCGCGUAGUUUCCAAAGAUAAAGAAACAUACGAACUUCGUUACUUCCAGAUUAAUAGUCAAGAGGACGACGACGAAGAAGAUGUUGAGUAAUAUCCUUUUAAUUUGACAAUUAUAUUAUAACAUCUGUACAUAUAUUGGAUAUUAAUAAAUAUCUAA